CAAUCAUACUCUGUCGUGUCCGUCUUUAACCAACGACAAUUCCUACCCCCCUCUCUUCCCCUCUUCUCUGGACCUGUCCCUUCACCCCACUGGGUACUUCUACUACUACUAGGGAUCGUCCUUUUUUUAUUCUACCCUGCCUUAGUGCUCCGUCCGAACCACAAGUGUCCGCUGCAAGGUUCCAGAGAGAGCCGAAAUCUCCAGCCUAUUAUCUCAUUUUUCCCUUGGUAUUGUAAAACCACUUAUUCUUCUCAUUGUGCAUUUAUCCAGCUUUGCUCGAUUUUGGUGAACCCUGUACGAUACGUACGUGGUUCGUUGCGCGCUCUUCUGACGGACAACCGCGACCUGGAUCCUCUGGCUCUACUUCUACCUGGUACUUCUGUGACAAGAUCUUCGCCUUGAUGAGUGCGUCGACGUUCUCAGACGCCUCUCUUUCCCGCGAAUCCCAGAGUUCUGACUUCGAGUUGAUCAUUCGCCAGCAGCCCAAUCGGGCGCGCGUGGCCGGUGGGAAGGAGAAAGAACGCAAGCCAGUCGAUCCGCCGCCGAUUGUGCAACUCCGGGUAAGAGAGGAAGGGAGCUAUCUCGCGCAACACUACCUACAGAGCCCGUAUUAUUUCAUGUGCUGCAGUCUGUACGAUGCCAAUGAAGAUCAGCCAGUUCCCGUACCGCCAGCCACAGCUUUGGCAGGCACUCUUGUCUCGUCGCUUCACCGGUUGAAGGAUGUGGAUAAUAAUGACGGCGGAUUCUUUGUAUUUGGGGAUUUGUCCGUCAAAAUCGAAGGGGAGUUCCGACUGAAGUUUACCUUGUUUGAGAUGCGAAAGGAUGUGGUUACCUACCUGAAAUCCAUUAUCUCUGAUCGCUUCACUGUUUCACCACCAAAGACUUUUCCUGGAAUGCAAGAAUCCACGUUUCUUUCUCGGUCAUUUGCCGACCAGGGUGUCAAACUACGGAUCAGAAAAGAGCCUCGCACACUGUCUCUGAAACGGCCGCCGCGGCCGGAAGAGUAUCCCCAGCAGCCACUCCCUCGCUCCCCGGACCGGUCUUCGAUGCAGAUGUCGGGGAACGCUUUCACUGGCUAUCCGGCAGCAGGCAGAGAUUAUGCAUACUACGGGACACCGGUCAAACGUCAGCGGACGUCUGUGGACUACGGGAAUAGAGGCAUCUAUGACACCGAAGGUCGGAUGCGCCAGGUGGAUGCGUAUCCACAAACCACCGCCAUGUAUCCGAAUCAGCCUGGAACCUACCAGACACCUAUGAUGCAAGGAUAUCCUGCUGGACAUGCGGGAGUACCAGAUUAUGCGAUGUCCUAUGGGAUCCCGCCAUCCGCUCAAGUGGCCCAGAUGCAGGAUCCAGCGGCCCAAGCACGCUCCAGCCAGCAGGCGACGAUGCAAUCUCUAGGAAUGAUGAACCAGCCAGGUACUCCUACCGCAGAUUCGACGGCUGCCAUGAUGCCGCAAGGAUAUCCCCAACCGCGAACGCAACAGUACCAAACAAGUUCUACAAUUUUACCACCUUUGCAACGGAGUCGCAACUUUCCACAAGGGACUAACGGUGCAUCCGCACGAGGUUACUUUGAUCAGGCGUCACAAGGUGCAACUCCUAUUCUCCCGUCGCAACCCAUGGGUUCAACCGAAGGGGAUCGAUAUGGUGCUGCCCCCGGUCAAACAACCUUUGAGCAUCCUGGCUCACAUAAUGGGACACCUCGAUAAUGGAUUUACGCGAUUACGGAUUGCUUUUUACUUUCUUCUGCUGAUGUCUUCUUACCACUCUUAUACUCCAUUAGGGGGAAAAAAAGUCUUUCGGGGUCUCAAGGGCCUUUC